AUGCACCUCUCGGCUUUCUAUGCCUGUGCUGCCUGCAAAGAGGAUCGCUCCACACUCGCUUUGUUCAAGACGAUGCAGGGCGCAGGCUUUUCGCCACCACGCGAAGCUUUCGAGGCAGCAAUCGCGGCCGCGGCCGAUUGGGCGGAUGCUCUCGAGUUGUUCGUGGAGGGCCUGCAGAAGUCCCUGCCACUGAAGCCGGAAGCAGGCGAGGCCGUGAUGGAGCUCCUUGCGCGAGAAGCGCAAUGGGAAGCAGCUCUGCAGCUGCUGGCUGCGAUCAGGGCGAGCUCGCUUCAACGCACGGAGCGGCUCCUCACUGCUGCCAUGUUUGCUUGCCGGAAGCGCCGGAAGUGGUGGCUUGUCCUAGGCCUCCUGACGCAAGCACGGGAGCGCCGGGCCCUCACCGACCUCGGGAUGUACCACCAUGCCCUGGGCGCAUGCUCCCGCAGUCAGGUCUGGCAGCAGGCCUUGGCCGUUUGGGCCCAGAUGGAGCUCUUGGACUUGCCAACGGAGAGGAGCUACGCCUUGCUCAUCGACGCAGUGCGAGUGCGACAAAAGCACCUGGUGCCCUUCUUUAUCCAAAAGGCUGAAAGCAAAAAACUUCGGCUGAGCAGAAGUGCCUACUGCGAAGCUCUUCGCACGCAGCAAAGAGCUUCGCAGUGGCAGCAGAUGGUCCUCUUGCUGUCUAGCAUGGAAGCAUCGCAAGUGGUGCCGGAUGCCGGGAUGUGCGAGAUAGCACUGCGGCCUUUUGGGAAAAUGGCUUUCCGCGCGUGGGAGUAUGGUGUCGCCCUGCUCCGGCGGGCCGAGCAGCAGGACUUGCAUCUCGACGGAGCCGCCUACAGGCACCUGGUUCGCGCUUGCAAGAAAUCGCAGAUCUGGUCCCAAGCGAGCCUGCUGCUCAUUUCGAAAGCUCGGAGCUCGGCGACCUGGGAGGAAGCCCUCGAGACCUUGGCCACAGCCGCGGCCGCCAGCGCCUGGGCGGAGGAUGGAAGUCUGGCCUCGGCGGCCUUUUCGGCCUGGCAGUGUGCUUUCUGGGCCUUGCUGCUCUCCGGGCCUCCUCCCGGGCCUCUCUGCGAAGCCGCGCUCCGGAUCUCUGCGGCUGCUGGUGAGUGGCAGCAGGCUGUGGCCGCUUUCGCCGGGAUAGAUGAGCCCAUGCGCUUUCGAGACCCUGCCUAUGCUGCUCCAGUGGUCCAGGCUUGCCAGGACUGUGACUUUCUGAGGUUCGCUCUGCGUUUUUGCCAGGAGGAGGUCACCGUGAUGUGGAGAAAGGAUGCCCUGGAGUGGCAACAGGCCCUGUCUCUGCUGAGCCAGGUCCAGAGAAACAGCUUGGAGCUGGGCCUCAUGGACCUGGGCCUUGCCUUCUGA